CCGUGAGGUGGCCACCAUCUUGCGUACGGAGGUGCGGCUCGUUGCUCCUCUGUUUAGGGCUGGGGUUUCAGUACUUCCACGUCUCUGCUUUGGGUACGGCUCUCUGCGUUUCUUUCAUCUUCACAGAAGUUCGUGUCUUUCUACAAGAAGGUUUUAUUGGGAAGUAAAGUUCAAUGCAGAGCUGUAGAGUAAGAUGCCUUAUGGUGAAAUUGAAGCUGAAUUCUGGGGACCUGGAGAAGAACUAACAAGUGAACCAUGCUAUAAAAAAUUUAAGUCAACUACAGAGGCAAAUGUUUUCCCCCAUCAUGGUAGUGCUGAUUUUCACAGAAUCCAAGAGAAAACUGGAAAUGAUUGGGUCCCUGUCACCAUCAGUGAUGUCAGAGGACAUAGUUAUCCUCAGGAGGACAAAACCAAAACUACAGAUGUGCUGAAACCUUCACAUGAUGAGAUGCCUGGUAAUAGACCAGGUGUUGUUGAUUCACAAGUUUUACAAGAUGCAAGUCCUCCUUUAGUAUCCACAGAUGAUGAGAUAUAUAGCACAAGUAAAGCAUUUAUAGGACCCAUUUAUAAACCCCCUGAAAAAAAGAAAUGUAGUAAAAAGAGGAAUGAGGCAGACACUCUCAAUGGUAUAAGUGGCAAAGGAAGGCGAGAAGAGAAACAGAAAUUUAAUUCUGAAAAAUCAAAGAUAGACAAUGAAUUAUUCCAAUUUUACAAAGAAAUUGAAGAGCUCGAAAAUGAAAAAGAUGAUUCAGAAGACAGUUGUAAGGAACCCAAACCUUCCCAGGAGCAACUUACUCUAUAUUAUCAAGGCCAUAAUAAUGAUCUCUUAAAAUCUGAUGAAAAAAAGAAAGGUCUUAGUAAUGCUCUUCAGUCACAUUGUGGUUAUCAGCAGUACAUGGGGAAUGAGCCAGGCAAAUAUCCCUGUAACGGACAAGUAAUACCUACAUUUUGUGAUAUUUCAUUUACUUCCCUCAGGCCUGAAUGGCAAUCAGUGCAUCCUUUUAUAGUACCCCAUGGGCCACCUUUCCCCAGAUUUAACCAUCAUUUAAAUAUUCAAAGAUUGAGUGCUCCACCAAAUCCAUUGUCAAAUAUUUUCCGUGCCCGAGAUGACUCUCAGAUGCGGAAUGGAUAUUAUGUAAAUAGUUGUCCCAUUAACUGGAGUUGUCUGACUUUUGAUCAGAACAAUGAAUAUACUGACUGUAGUGAGAAUAGUAAUAGUGUUGAUCCCUCUAGAAAUGGCUAUAGGGUUCAAGAUGGGUAUGUGAAUAAUAGUUUCUGUGAAAUCAGAGAAGGAUGCUGGAAAGAUCCUCCUGUGGACAAGCAGAAUGGCACAGACACGUUUGUGAAUGAGCAGUUUCAAGAAGAAAAGUUAAAUAAAUUGCAGAAGUUACUUAUUCUUUUAAGAGGUCUGCCUGGUUCUGGGAAAACAACGUUGUCUCGAAUUCUGCUUGGUCAGAGUCGUGACGGCAUUGUGUUCAGCACUGAUGACUAUUUUCACCAUCAAGAUGGGUACAGGUAUAAUGUUAAUCAACUCGGUGAUGCCCAUGACUGGAACCAGAACAGAGCAAAACAAGCUUUUGAUCAGGGGAGAUCUCCAGUUAUAAUAGACAACACUAAUACACAAGCUUGGGAAAUGAAACCAUAUGUGGAAAUGGCCAUAGGAAAAGGAUACAGAGUAGAGUUUCAUGAACCUGAAACUUGGUGGAAAUUUGAUCCCGAAGAAUUAGAAAAGAGGAAUAAACAUGGUGUGUCUCGACAGAAGAUUGCUCAGAUGUUGGAUCGUUAUGAGUAUCAAAUGUCCAUCUCUAUUGUAAUGAAUUCAGUGGAACCGCCACACAAAAGCACACAAAGACCUCCUCCUCCACAGGGGAGACAGAGAGAAAGAGUUUUGGAGAAAACUGGACACAGGCUCAGCAAAACCCAACAGAAGAAAAACAGAAAAAGAAAGAAAAAGCAGAACAGCCACAGUAAAAUCAUGGAGGAAAACUCAUUUGAAACCUUGAAUUAUCUUACACCAGGAGAUCAGGACCCAUUUCAGAAUGAAGAGGAAGACUUCGAAGAGACCAAAAGAGAAUCAGAUGUUCCAGGAAAUAAAAUAGGAGAUUUUGUGAAUGGCUAUAAAGAAGAAAGAAGGGAAAACAUAGAUCCUAAAGACAGUUUUCCAAAUGUUAUGUCUGUUGUUGAGUUAGACAACACAUCAAAUAAUCACCUCCCUAGGGAAGGUGAUGAUUUAUUUCUAAGUUUGCCAUCAAUGCCAAAUGGAAGCUCUGUUACUUGUCCAACAGUAACUCAAAAUCUUUCCUGUGUAACAAGUAAUGACUGCUCUGGUAUGAAGGUAAAAAAGCAUAUUGGAAGUAGGCAUACCAUGACAUUAAACAUCCAGAACCUAUUUGCUGAAACCCCAUGCUUAUUUAUGCAGAAGAAGGAGAUGGUAGAUAAAAGUUUCCCAAAUGAACCAGUUCUGUGCCAUCAACAUGGAUCCAGAACUUCAGAUAAAUUUUUAAGAGAGGAACAAGGAGUAUAUGCAACUAAAAACAAUUAUCAGGCUUUUUUCACAACCAGUUUCUCUGGUGAAGAAUUACAGCUGGACUUUAAUAGACAACCCUGUUUUGAUACCUGGCCUGAGGGACCUCACAAGUUUAUAUGUGAACAGAGACCAAAGAAAGAUAGAUCACAUAAGCAGGCCUGUCCUGACAGCAGGGGGCAAUUGACUAAAUCGAUCUUCACUUUUGGAGGAGCAUCAGGACCAGAAAGCAGUCCAGAAAUAUUGAUAGAGGAGAAACGACUGAUAGAAAAUGAAGAUUUGUCACCUCCAACUGAAACUUUAGAUUCAUUCAUAGAAACAGAAACAAAUAUCUUCAGAAGCUGUUUACCUCAACUGGAUAUCCCAAAAAGUGCCUUAGAAUUAACAAAGAAUAAGAAAAAGAGGCAGAAAAGGAUUCUCAACUUGGUACCAAACUUUAACUUACUGGGACAGAGUCAUAUCAAUGCAAAAGAAAGAAAGAAACAUGGCCUGUUAGCAGGAAGCCAUGAACUGAAAAUUAUUUUGGGAGAAGAGAAAGAUAGAAUUUCAGAAAUAAAUAACAAAGAGGAUAAUAAGCAAAAACUUAUGACCUUGAAUCAUCAUCCAUCGUGGUUUUAUCUUGAUAUUAUCAAAGAUCCCCCUCUAAAUAUUGGUGGGCAAUUUUAUUUUCAUUGUCUGUCAUUUAACAAACUAAGGCAUUUUGCAUAUUUUUGCAAAGACUCUGUUCCUUCUGUUGUGCUGCAUUAUAUAUCUAGCUUUUGGAAGGUGUCUUUUACAAGCAAGAAACCAUUUUUGACUUUCAAAUCUCAUACAAGAGUAGGUAGUAAACUAAAAGGCGUAGGGAUUAUUUCUACAGACAUUUUAAGUAGCCAGCCUGAUACUUUGUGCUCUUUGAGGGUCACUUCUGAUCUUUACUUUUUAAAUGAAAGGUUUGGUGAAAAACUGAAGAGAUGGGAAGAACCUAAGCCAUUACAGUGCUUAUCAGCAGAGGAUAAUCAAGAUUUAACAAGCACUGGCAUUAAUUCCUUUGGGCUACCGUUAUCACAAGGGUUUGUCUUUCAACAAGUAAAGCUUUUUGGAUCUCCUGAAGUUCCAGUGGAAUCCUUGUUGCCUGAUGACUAUGUGGUUCCCCUUGACUGGAAGACACUGAAGAUAAUCUAUUUGCAAUGGCAAACGUCAGUAGAGUUGAGUUCUCCAGUCUUCGUGGUGCUGCUGAAGAUCCUGAUCGUGGAGAAAAGUCAGAGUGCUCAGUGUCAACCCAAAGGAUUCUUACCCAUUGAAUACCAAAAUUGGUUUGGAUAAUCUGUCCAACCAUUCUUGAUAAGUUAUCUGCAUAAUAAAAAACUCAACGGAAGAGGUAACAAUUUGAACAUUUUAUUCUCUAAUUUUGAAGAUGUUUGCCAUAAGUUUACUUUGUUUUAUUGAAGAAAAUGAGGGACAGAAAACUUGAGUAAUUUCUAUUUAAAACUGCAUGAGGAUUCUAAUACUAUGUCCAAGUAUUGGUCCUCGAUCCCAUUUCUGGAAUUCUGA